CAUCCCACUUGAAAUUGACAAGUUGUUCGUCGAUUUAGAUAGAUUUCAGCAUGUCAACAUUGAUGGAGCUUCUGGAGAAAGAAAUUAAAUUAUAUAUGGAUUCCGUUGCUGUGGUUUAUGACGAUGGUUAUGUAAAGCAAUUCCAAACCUACAGUCAACUGUUAAAAACUGCAGAAAGUAUUGCUGAUGUAUUGAAGAAGGAUAAGGUUGAUAAGUCUGUCAUUGCUGUGUGUAGAGACACUGAUCGUCUAACCCCAGCCAUUCUUUGUGGAAUCCUUAAAAGUGGCUGUGCAUUCUAUUGUUUUGAUGAGCAUGGCAUAGAAGGAACUGCAGAAAGAUUGCACAAGAUAAAUGUUAGGUUUAUGUUGAUUCAGGCAAAUUAUACACAGGUCAUAGAGAGUCUGUUGCAGAUGUUUGAUAGGAAACUAAUUACUGGCACCAGCUCACAUCUUUCAUCUCUAGGUUUAAUUAGUUUAAAAUUACCGUCAAGAUCUGAUACGAAUAAAGGAGUUAAUGACAUUGCAUACUGUAUAACUACAUCUGGUUCCACGGGCCGACGAAAGCUUGUACAGGUCCCACACAGCUGUAUUAUUCCAAAUAUCACACACAUCAGGAGUAUCUACAAUUUAAAAAUUUAUGACCUGGUCUUGUUGUGUUCACCUUUGACCUUUGACCCAAGCAUAGUGGAAAUCUUUGUAACCUUGUUAAGUGGAGCGUGUCUACUAAUCAUUCCAGAUCAUGCAAAACUUCAGUCCAAGAAUUUACUUAAUCUAAUACACAGAAGAAAUAAAGUCACAGUCAUACAGGCUACACCAUCCUUGAUACAGAGGCAGCCCCCUAGUGAUCUUAAAAACACCCUUUUGAGCGAAUCUUCCAGUUUGAGGAUACUAGCUCUGGGCGGGGAAGAGUUUCCUCCCUUGAGUCAGAUCCAUGAGUGGAGAGCACCAGACAAUAAGACCCAGUUUAUCAAUCUGUACGGAAUCACAGAAGUCUCUUGUUGGUCAUUUUACCACUGUCUGAAUGACAAAGAAAUUUGGGAUAAUAAAGAGGUACCUAUUGGAAAACCAUUGGCGAAGUCUGAAUACAAGGUACUGGGUGAAGAUGGGAUGAAGAUUUUACAGGGAGAAGGAAAACUAUAUCUUGGUGGCUGUGACAGACAGUGCCUUAUUGAUGAUGAGUGCCAUAAAAAUGAUAAUGUUCCCAAGUUCAGAGAUUCGGGCGAUUUUGUUAGAAUUGAUAAUGAAGGUAGAAUCAUUUACAUUGGACGGAAAGAUAGACAAGUCAAAAGGAAUGGAUGUCGACUACAUCUUGGAGAAAUUGAAAAGAUAGCAGUAGCAGAGCCCAGUGUUUUUGAGUGUAAAGCUGUGAUGAAGGGAGGAAGAUUAGUCCUAUUUGUUGUUCCGAAGCUGCCUCUGGAAAAUAAAACUAUGAAAGAUUAUGUACAAUCAAUCAUCAAAAGAAAAUUACCCAAACAUUACUCACCGGAUGAUAUAAUCCUUGUGGAUGAAAUACCCAUCACUAAACAUGGUAAAUGUGAUUUUAGAGCUCUGCUAUCCAAAACUCAGGAAUCUAUAGAUAAAUUUGGUCCUGGAAUUUCUAAGACAACGAUUGAAAAUAUACUAAAGGAGGAAUGGAAGAAAUUGCUUAAAAAUUGUGUCAAAACAGGUGAAAGCAAUUUUUUGUUGAGUGGAGGCGACUCCUUCUCUGCUCUGAAUUUGGCUCGAGCUAUUGAAGAUCGAUUAGAGUUAUCUGCUCCUGAUCUGGUUGAUGUCAUUCUGCAUAAGUCAUUCUCCGAUAUUGUCAGUCAUGUGGAAAAACUUGCCAGCAAAAGUGAGGUGAAGUCUACAAAAAGGAGAGAAAAACAGCUGGAGGAGGAAGUUAAGAUCUCUGUAAAUAAGAAAAUACGAUUAGAAUCCUAUAAUAAAUUGUGGAAGUCGUGUUCUUGCAUGAACAGUGCAGUGAUGAGGGGCAACCAGUACUUCUGCAUAUCAUGUUUGAAAACUGUAAGGAACCCUGUUCCUAAAACUCAGACUAGGAGAAAUAAAGACAGUGGAAUAUUUGGCUGUAAUCUGACUGGGACUUUUUGCAAAGAAGAACCCAGUAAGGUACUGACUCCAAACUCUGGAACUAUUGAUACAGAAGCAUUAGCUCAGAUGAUCGGCAGAGUAGAGAUUACACAGAGAUGGAGCUUUGAUACAGGGAAAUGUGUGGAUGCAUCUCCUCUUGUGAUUCAAGCUAGUUUUGGCCUUCAUGAGGUUUUCAUUGGCUCCCACUCCCAUCACAUGUAUGCUCUAGUAGCUGAAACUGGAGCCUUGCUUUGGAAAACAAAACUAGGAGACAGAAUAGAAUCAUCAGCAUGUGUCAGUCUGUGUGGGAAAUAUAUCAUUGUUGGUUGUUAUGAUGGUGGCAUUUACACAUUAGCAAGAGACACUGGAGAUAUAAUCUGGAUGUAUAGAACGAAGUCAUCUGUGAAAAGUUCCCCCGCAGUGGACCCCAUCACUGGCUGGAUCUAUAUAGGCUCCCACGAUCACCAUGUUUACUCACUUGACAUUGAGAACCAGGUGUGCUGUUGGCGAGUCCAGAUUGAUGAAGGUAGCGUGUUCUCCUCCCCAGCAUUGUCAUAUGACAACCACUAUGUCUGUGUCUGUUCACUGUCUGGUCAUGUAGCAGCCCUCCGUCCAAAAUCUGGUGAGAUUAUAUGGAAGUUCAAUACAGGGAAGCCACUAUUUUCUUCUCCUACAAUCACCACCAUUGGUCCAUGUGUAGGCUGUGUGGAUGGCAAAUUAUAUCAGCUGGAUCACCAGGGAUGUCUUGUGUGGUCAUUUACAACUUCAGCUCCAAUAUUUUCUUCGCCUGUACAACUUCCAGUAGUUAAUCCUGUCUCCCUAACCAUCUCUAAUCAUUCCAUUCUUGUUGGAUCCCAUGACAGUAAUGUGUACUGUAUAUCACCAAAUGGAACAGAGUUAUGGAGGCAAAAGACAACAGAUUUUGUUUACUCAACUUGUUUCUGUUUUGGAAAUGUUUUUGAAAACUAUCAUGACAGUGAACAAAGAAAUUCCAUUCCUCAGAACAAACAAGAAAUAGAAGCCAAACAAGCACACACUUUCAAUGCUUUUAGAUACUGUGUGGUAACCUCUAAAGAUGGUACAAUAACAGUGAUUGGACUAGAAACAGGUCAGAUGAUCGGUUCAUUUAAGCUUCCCUGGGAGGUAUUCUCCUCCCCAGUAGUGAUAGGAAACCUUCUUGUUGUAGGGUGUAGAGAUAACAGUGUGUAUUGUCUCAAUGUCCGUGAAAAAUAAUAAACAAAUUAAUACUGUA